AGGAGACCCGGGGCCCCGGCCUGGUCCCCCGCUUGGUUGGCAGAGAGGGAGGGCGCGAGGGAGGGGCCGAACCGGGGCGGCGCUUGGAGGAGGCGGAGGCGGAGGCGGGAGGAGGUGGCGGAGCCUCCGCUGCUGCUGCUGCCGCUGCCGCCGCCGCUCCCGGACCCUCCUGCAUCCCCGCCUCGCGCAUCUUCUCCUGCAUCUUCUCCGGCAUCUUCUCCAUCCUCCUCGGGCAUCUCCUCCUGAGCAUCCCUCGGCCCCAGGAGGAGGCGGGCGAAGGCAGGACCAGCCCCGGCCAUUGUCUUUGGCCGCCGCCGCCGCAUCGCCUCCCGCCCUCCCUCCCGCCAGCAGGCUGAGCUUUCUACAAUGCGCACUCCAGACUGAACGCAGAACGGAUUCGGAGGGAUCCCAUCAAGGGAAGGAAGGACCAAGCUUCCAACUGCGGCAGAUACGGACGGGUUGUUGGCCCCCGGGAGCCUCCUGCCCGUGCCCCGCCCCCCACCCCACCCUCGUUCUGAGGGCGAUUCUGCUGCCCCUGUCCAUGAGAGGAUGAAUAUGCUGUAGGCAGGUCUGCUUCCGAGUCGCCUUGGCUCUUGGGGAGGGGGGGACAGGGGAGCCCCAAGGACCUUCACGGAAGACGUGCAUCGUGGCCCCUUCCUGUGCGAGAGCCCCUGUGGCUCUUUGAGGAGGAGCAAGAGGAGGUUCUCUCUGCCCGGCCAGGUUGUGGCCUCUUCUGCCUGCAGGAGGCGCCGGUCAGUCUCAUGUGGAUCUGAAGGUGUGCAGCAGGAGGGGGGGCGCCACUCGCCUCGAGGUGUGCAGAGCGGGGCGGCCAUGGCGAAAGCGUUGCGCCUGCUGCCCUUGGCGUUGCUGGUGGCCUCGGCGCUGGGCCCCGGGGCAGGCGGUGCGGCCUUGGAGUUUGGGGGCGCAACAGGCCAGUGGGCUCGCUACGCCCGGUGGGAUGCCAGCUCCUCAGGGGAGCUGAGCUUCAGCCUCAAGACCAAUGUCUCGCGGGCCCUGGUGCUGUACCUGGACGACGGCGGGAACUGCGACUUCCUGGAGCUGCUGAUCCUGGAGGGGCGCUUCCGCCUGCGCUUCACGAUCUCCUGCGCCGAGCCGGCCAGCCUGCACCUGGAGACGCCCGUCAACGACGACCGCUGGCACAUGCUGCUGCUGACGCGCAACUACCGCGAGACCAUGCUCGUGGUCGACGGAGAGGCCCGCGUGGCCGAGGUCAAGUCCAAGCGGCGCGACAUGACGGUGGAGAGCGACCUCUUCGUGGGGGGCAUCCCGCCGGACGUCCGACUCUCGGCCCUCACCCUCAGCACCGUCAAGUACGAGAUGCCCUUCCGCGGCAUGGUGGCCAAUCUCAAAGUGGGCGACACGCCCCCCGCCCUCCUGGGCAGCCAGGGCAUCCGCAGUGACACGGAAUACCUGUGCACCAAGCAGAACCCCUGCGUCAACGGAGGGAUCUGCACCGUGGUCAACAGCGAGGUCCAGUGCGACUGCAGCCUGACCGGAUUCCAGGGCAAAUUCUGCAGUGAAGAAGAGCUAACGUUGGAAGGUCCAGCUCACCUGACGCUAAACAGCCAAGUAGGGUCCCUACUGUACUCGGAAGGGGGGGCUGGGAGAGGAGCCAGUGAGGUGCACCAGACAUCAAAAGGGAAAGAAGAGUUUGUGGCGACGUUCAAGGGGAACGAGUUCUUCUGCUACGACCUGUCCCACAACCCCAUCCAGAGCAGCACCGACGAGAUCACCCUCUCCUUCCGCACCCUGCAGCGCAACGGCCUGAUGCUCCACACUGGCAAGUCGGCGGACUACGUCAACCUGUCGCUCAAGAGCGGCGCUGUCUGGCUGGUCAUCAACCUGGGCUCGGGGGCGUUUGAGGCACUGGUGGAGCCCGUCAAUGGCAAGUUCAACGACAACAAUUGGCACGACAUCCGCGUAACCAGGAACCUGCGCCAGCACGCAGGAAUUGGACACGCUAUGGUAAACAAACUGCAUUACCUGGUGACCAUCUCUGUGGAUGGGAUCCUCACCACCACCGGCUACACCCAGGAAGACUACACCAUGCUGGGCUCGGACGACUUUUUCUACAUUGGGGGGAGCCCCAAUACGGCCGACCUGCCCGGGUCCCCCGUCAGCAACAAUUUCAUGGGAUGUCUCAAGGAUGUUGUCUAUAAGAACAAUGACUUCAAGCUGGAACUGUCUCGCUUGGCCAAGGAAGGGGACCCCAAGAUGAAGAUCAAUGGGGACCUGGUCUUCCGCUGUGAAAAUGUGGCGGCCCUCGACCCGGUCACCUUUGAGUCCCCCGAGGCCUACAUCUCACUGCCCAAGUGGAACACCAAGAAGACGGGCUCCAUCUCCUUUGACUUCCGCACCACAGAGCCAAACGGGCUGCUGCUUUUCAGCCAUGGCCGGCUGCAGCCGCCCAAGGAGGGCCGCUCCGAGCGCCUGCACAAGGCUGACUACUUUGCCAUGGAGCUCCUCGACGGCUACCUCUACCUGCUGCUGGACAUGGGCUCUGGGGGCAUCAAGAUGCGGGCCAGCAGCAAGAAGGUGAAUGACGGCGAGUGGUGCCAUGUGGACUUCCAGCGCGACGGGCGCAAGGGCUCCAUCUCUGUGAACAGCCGUAGCACGCCCUUCCUGGCCAGCGGGGAGAGUGAGAUCCUGGACCUAGACAGCGAGAUGUACCUCGGGGGGCUUCCUGAGAACCGCCUGGACCUCAUCCUGCCCCCUGAGGUGUGGACAGCCUUCUUGAACUAUGGCUACGUGGGCUGUGUGAGGGACCUCUUCAUUGAUGGGAAGAGCCGUGACGUGCGGCGCCUGGCCGAGGUGCAGAGCGUAGCUGGCGUCUCCAGCUUCUGCUCCCGAGAGACCCUCAAGCAGUGCAGCAGCUCCCCGUGCCGCAACGGAGGCCUCUGCCGGGAGGGCUGGAACCGCUUCAUCUGCGACUGCGUGGGCACCGGCUACCUGGGCCGGCUGUGCGAGAGAGAGGCCACAGUGCUGAGCUAUGACGGGAGCAUGUACAUGAAGAUCAUGCUGCCGACGGUCAUGCACACCGAGGCUGAAGACGUCUCCCUCCGCUUCAUGUCGCAGCGAGCUUAUGGCUUCAUGAUGGCCACCACCUCCAAGGAGUCGGCCGACACUCUCCGCCUGGAGCUCGAUGGGGGCCAGAUGAAGCUCACAGUCAACCUAGACUGUGUCAGGAUAGGCUGUAACCCCAGUAAAGGCCCCGAGACCCUUUUUGCCGGUCACAAACUCAACGACAAUGAGUGGCACACGGUCCGCGUGGUCCGGCGCGGAAAGAACCUGCAGCUCUCUGUGGACAACGUCACUGUGGAAGCAGGGCAAAUGGCCGGCGCCCACACCCGCCUGGAGUUCCACAACAUCGAGACGGGCAUCAUGACCGAGCGGCGCUUCAUCUCGGUGGUGCCCUCCAACUUCAUCGGCCACCUCAGCAGCCUGGUCUUCAACGGGAUGCCCUACAUGGACCUCUGCAAGAACGGGGACAUCAGCUACUGUGAGCUGAACGCCCGCUUUGGCCUGCGCAGCAUCAUCGCCGACCCCGUCACGUUCAAGAGCAAAGCCAGCUACCUGGCGCUGGCCAUGCUGCAGGCCUACGCCUCGAUGCACCUCUUCUUCCAGUUCAAGACCACGGCCACCGACGGGCUCAUCCUCUUCAACAGCGGCAACGGGAACGACUUCAUCGUGGUGGAGCUUGUCAAGGGGUACAUCCACUACGUCUUUGACCUGGGCAACGGGCCCUCGCUCAUGAAGGGGAACUCGGACAAGCCAGUGAACGACAACCAGUGGCACAACGUCAUCGUGUCCCGCGACACAAACAACGUGCACACGCUCAAGAUUGACUCUCGCACCGUCACACAGCACUCCAACGGUGCCCGCAACCUGGACCUCAAGGGGGAGCUGUACAUUGGAGGCCUGAGCAAAAACAUGUUCAACAACCUGCCCAAGCUAGUGGCCUCGCGGGACGGCUUCCAGGGCUGCCUGGCCUCCGUGGACCUCAAUGGCCGACUCCCGGACCUCAUCGCCGACGCCCUGCACCGGAUCGGGCACGUUGAGAGGGGCUGUGAUGGUCCCAGCACCACCUGCACGGAGGACUCCUGCGCCAACCAGGGCGUCUGCCUUCAGCAAUGGGACGGCUACACCUGCGAUUGCACCAUGACCUCAUAUGGUGGCCCCGUGUGCAAUGACCCUGGGACGACAUACAUUUUUGGGAAGGGCGGGGCGCUGAUCACCUACACGUGGCCUCCCAAUGACCGCCCCAGCACACGGGCCGACCGCCUGGCCGUGGGUUUCAGCACGCACCAGAAGAACGCCAUCCUGGUGCGGGUGGACAGUGCCUCUGGCCUCGGGGACUACCUGCAACUCCACAUAGACCAGGGAACAGUUGGGGUCAUUUUCAACGUGGGCACGGACGACAUCACCAUCGAGGAGAGCAACGCCAUGGUGAACGACGGCAAGUACCACGUGGUGCGCUUCACCCGGAGCGGUGGCAACGCAACGCUGCAGGUGGACAAUUGGCCUAUCAAUGAGCGAUACCCCGCAGGGAACAGUGAUAAUGAGCGGCUGGCGAUUGCUAGACAGAGAAUUCCGUAUCGGCUCGGUCGAGUAGUAGAUGAGUGGCUACUCGACAAAGGUCGCCAGCUGACGAUAUUUAACAGCCAGGCCGCCAUCAAGAUUGGAGGCCGGGACCAAGGCCGCCCCUUCCAGGGCCAGAUUUCGGGGCUGUACUACAACGGGCUCAAGGUCCUCUCCUUGGCAGCCGAGAGCGACCCCAAUGUGAAGGUGGAGGGGAACCUGCGGCUGGUGGGCGAGGUGCCCUCCGUCAUGACCACGGAGACCACAGCCACCACCUUGCUGGCAGACAUGUCCACCACCAUCAUGGAAACCACCACCACCAUGGCUACCACCACAACGCGGCGUGGCCGCUCACCCACCAUGCGGGACAGCAUCACCCAGAACACAGACGACCUCUUGGUUGCUUCGGCCGAGUGCCCCAGCGACGACGAAGACCUGGAGGAGUGCGAGCCUAGUACUGGAGGUGAAUUAGUAUUGCCCAUAAUAACAGAAGACUCCCUAGACACCCCUCCAAUUGCCACCCGGUCUCCAUUCAUCCCCCCGCCUCCCACCUUUGGCCCCUUCCUAACCGUAGUCGAGACCACCAAAGACACCCUUUCCCCGCCAUCCCAUCCAAGGCCCCCCUGUCUGGCCGACCAAGACGACAGCGACUGCGAAGAAGGGAUCGAGGCCUCCGGCUAUGCCUCGGGCGAGGUUUUCGACUCCAGCCUGCCCCCUACUGACGACGAAGAUUUUUAUACCACCUUCCCCCUGGUCACGGAUAGGACCCUAAUAGGCCGGCCGGAAGGAGCUUCCAAAAAGGCCCAAGGAUACCGCCCCAACCUUAGGACAGGACUGCCGGCUUCGCCCUCCGUCCCCGACCUCCUGACCUCCACAACCUCUCCCAAUCUGGUCCGUAACAUUCCCGCCGGCAAAAUGAACAACCGGGAGCCCCUCAACCCCCAGCCAAAACAGUACCCCCCACUCUCCACCUCCUUUGAGCCCGACAAGCUAAACAGGCUUAAGUACCCAGGUAUAACCUCUUCCCCCAAUUUCCACAAUCUGCCCACAGCUAACCCCACCGGCCCCGGGGAGAGGGGGCCCCCCGGUGCCGUGGAGGUCAUCCGGGAGUCCAGCAGCACCACCGGCAUGGUGGUCGGGAUCGUGGCGGCCGCGGCCCUCUGCAUCCUCAUCCUCCUCUACGCCAUGUACAAAUACCGCAACCGGGACGAAGGCUCCUACCAGGUGGACCAAAGCCGGAACUACAUCAGUAACUCGGCCCAGAGCAACGGCACGGUGGUCAAGGAGAAGCCAGCCGCUGCUGCCAAAACGCCCAGCAAGAGCAAGAAGAACAAAGACAAGGAAUAUUAUGUCUGAGCCCCCCCUCCCAGCCCCCCCAGCCCCUGCGUGCGCCAGAGAGACCGACACCAGCCGGCGCACGCAGUGGAGCCACCCAGACCUACACGCACCCAAACUUUCUGGAGAGGAGACCACCCAAGCGCAUCCUUCCCCUUCUUCCGCAUCCGAGAGGCCAGCUGAUGGCGCCCUCCAGUGGCCACCUCCACCCGCUCCUCUUGGGUUAGCUCAUCCCUCGUUUACUUUAAGCCCUUCCCUCCUCGCAAAAAAAACGAAAACACAAAACACACAAAGGAACCACAGCAAGAAGGUUGCAGGGUCUCCCUCCCUCCCCACCUCCUUUUCCACCCUGGCCAUCCAACCCUGCAGGGUUGCUGUUUUUUCCCCUUAGGCAAACGGAGGGGGAAGGGAAGCCACAGUGGCCGAGGUGAAGGGAGGCAGCGUUGGCCUGAAGAGAGGGACGCUGGGAAGGAGGAGAAUUAAAAGGGGGGGGGGAUUUCAAGCUUCCCAGGUGAGGUUGGAGCCAGAAUGCUGCUUUGUGAUCUGUCUGCAAGAGAGUCUUUGCCCCUCUCUUUGUUGAGGGGCUUUUGGUGUGGAAAACAAAAAACUGGGGUCCACCCGUCUUUCCUCACCCCACCCCACCCCAGCACCACGCUCUGAAACAGAGAUGCCUAGCUGGAGCUCACAACUCUACAGAACCCUAUAACUGAACUAGGGGGCAGAGAGGACCCACAGCAGCCAAAAACAACCCCUACUCCACCUCCUCCUCUCUCUCGGAAUUAUCUCAAGCAAAGGGGUCUGUCCUUUCUAUCAUUUCUCUCUCUCUCUCUCUCUUCGUUAAUGUGUCAGAGUCUUGGAAAUGUGUGGAAUAAAACAAAAAGAUUUUUAAAAAGAAAAACUACUAAUUAUAAUAAAAGAAGCAGGUGACGUGGAUUUUGCUUGCGCUGUUGGGCUGAGGACUCCCUCCUUCCCCAACAGCCAACACCUAGCCUGUCUUGUAAUAAAAAGAGGGAGUAAAAUUGAGGUGGUGUUUGACACCCAUAAAUCAAUGCAGUGGAGCGCAGCUUUGGGGUGCAGCUGCAUUGUGUGUGUGUGUGUGUUUGCGUGUGGAGGGGGGGUGGAUCAAGUAUCUCCCGGGGGUUUUGUUUUGCAGGGGUCCAAAUGAACCAACCUUCAAUACCUUCCAUCCCUUCCCCGCCCCUUUUCACUCUCCCUUGGAUCAAGGUGCUACUAUAUUGUGGUCUUUCUUUAAACUGUGUUACAAGCAUGUGAAACUUGG